AUGCAAGGUUAUCUCGUCGCCGGCAACGGAAAGAUUAGAAAUUUGGGUCGCCGGCCUCGUUGUCCUCGUCGUAGGCUCGAGCAGCAUCUGGGAAAGAAGGGUUAUCUCGUCGCCGGCAACGGAAAGAUUAGAAAUUUGGGUCGCCGGCCUCGUUGUCCUCGUCGUAGGCUCGAGCAGCAUCUGGAAAAGAAGAUUUCAACUCUUUUGCUGAUUUCCCUCUCUGGUGCUUUUCGCGGCGGCGACAACAGGCUUCGGUCGAUUUCAAAAACCUUCUCAUCGUUGUGGGCUUGUGAAUCAUCUUGUAUUUCAGGGGCUAUUAUACGACUUCAUGACCUAUUCUUGUCCAAGCCAGAGGCUGUUCCCGCGGAUUGUAGCGAUCCACGGUGGCGUUGGUUUAAGGGCUGUUUAGGUGCGUUAGACGGCACGUAUGUGAGUGUCACGGUAGGAAAUGAGGACAAACCCCGUUAUAGAACAAGGAAGGGGCAAAUUUCAACCAAUGUGUUAGGUGUUUGUGAUCGUCAUUGUAAUUUCAGUUACGUCUUGGCCGGUUGGGAAGGUUCGGCUGCAGACUCUAGGGUCUUACGAGAUGCAAUUAGAAGACCUCACGGCCUUAAGGUCCCAAGGGGGAAGUAUUAUUUGUGUGAUAAUGGAUACGCGAAUAGCGAAGGCUUCCUAACGCCGUUCAAAGGCGUUAGGUACCAUUUGAAAGAAUGGGGACCGAACAAUGCACGACCUCAAAAUAAAGAAGAACUUUUUAAUUUGAGACAUAGUAAAGCGAGGAACGCCAUAGAGAGAGCUUUUGGGAUAUUGAAGAUGAGAUGGGGUAUCCUUAGAUCACCUUCUUUUUAUCCGAUUCGAGUGCAAAAUCGAAUUAUCAUGGCAUGUUUUUUAAUCAACAACUUCAUUCGAAAGGAAAUGCCCAUAGACCCCAUUGAAGAACAAUUAGAUGCCAUGCCCCCACAAAACGGUGCAAUGCUAGAAGAGGCACCCGAUGAAUUCGUUGAACAAGUCGAAAGUUCCCCUCAAUGGCAAGAAGCGAGAAAUGCCUUAGCCGAAUCGAUGUGGUUGCAAUAUAUCAAUAACAACUAGAUACUUUAUUUCACUAUUGUAUUGACAAACUAUUUUUUUUUUUUUUCUAGUUUUCAAGUUAUAUAUGGGAUUUGAAUGUUGAUGGUGUGAUCUGCUUAAUGUUAGUGUUCACAUUUAUAUGAAUUUGUCAUCUCCAUUUUUGGAGCCUUUGAAUCACCUUGUUGAAUUAAUUUGUAAACUACAAUUUGGAGCAGGAUCUUUUUAUAUUAUAUAUGAUGUGAUUGGGUUUUCA